AUGGCUACGGCAGCAUACAGCGAAAGCAUGGCGUCCCUGAUGACUGGUCUCGGUAUAUCAUCGAUUGUUUUCUUGAUUUUGACUGCGCAAGUCUGGAUCUAUUUCAGAAGACAUACCAUUCGGUCUCGAGAAAACUGGCAGAGGAAACUUCUGGUUGCCAUCAUCUGGUUGAUGCAAGCUGCUCAAAUGGGAAUCACUUCUCGGAUCGUGAGCGUUCGUUCAACGGAUUUCGAGGAUUUCGCCCGAUUCAUUGGCCGUAACUCGACAGAAUGGGCGAUUUACACUGGAAUAUGUGUUAGUGGAGCUUUCUUCCCCUGGUCCUGA